AUGGCCUCUUCGUCUGUUCAGUGGUCGCAGAUCUUCAAGUCCCUCGGUUUGGGCAAGAACACCACCGCCCAGCUGCAGGCCUUCCGCAAGCGCUCGGACGAUGCCAAGCGCCUCGCGACAUCGCUCAAGUCGCAGAAGACGGACGUCGACUUCCAGCACUACCGCUCCGUCCUCAAGAACCAGGACGUAGUCAAGCAGGCCGAGAAGAUCAUCAGCGACUUCAAGCCCGUCUCAUACGACGUCUCUGCCCAGAUGAAGGCCAUCGACGCCUUCGAGAGCAAGGCCUCGGAACAGGCAAAGGCCACCGAGCAGAAGAUCCAGACGGAGCUCAAGGACCUGCGCGCUACGCUGGACAACAUCCAGUCGGCUAGGCCCUUUGAGCAGCUCACGGUCGACGAUGUCCUCGCUGCCAAGCCGGAGAUCAGGAAGACGGUCGAGGAGAUGGUCAAGAAGGGGAAGUGGAGCACGCCCGGUUACGAGGAGAAGUUUGGAAACCUCUCCGUCAUCUAGGCGUAGAUAUGAUGAAGCUGGACGCUGGAGUGGGAUAUCAUGCAAUACGAG